AAUGAUAGCGGUUUGACAACAGCUUUACACUAGCCCACGUUACGGCGCCAGUGAGAUUGAAACUAACCAAUGGACCGUUCCACUGUGCUCAUCAAACUACUGUUGUCCGCCUAUAUCGUUCAAGUUGUCCAAUGCGGCCGAUCCGUGUUACUGACCGACGGCGACACGCUGUACUUAAAGUGGCAAACAAGACUCGGACCGCUAGCCCAAUGCUCAGUUUUGAUGCCCGAUGGAGUCGAGGUCCCUCUGUCUGUGGGGACUAACGAAUUAAGGUACUUAGGAGACGGAUAUUCGUCUGGGCAAUGCGGCCUGCGGGCCGACAACUUAGUCAAGCCAGGUACAGGAAAUUGGACCCUCAAAGCGACUGCCUUGAAUGGGCGUCAGGAUCAAACCACGACCCAGGUCACUUGUAUCGUAAAAACAUGGCCCAGGUCAAUUUUUAUAAAAGUACCCAUCGGUACAACGCAAAAUAUAACUUGCGGGCCUCAGUCUGCUUUGCAUUGCCGUAUGUUCAGUCCAACUGGCCAAGUAAGCCGUCACUCAGGCCAGUGCUCAGAACGAGUGAAAUCUGUUGGGUCGCAUCACGUGAACACAUGGACUUGUUGGGCUGUCACUGCAGAAUCAGCGGCCGAAGUACAAUAUUUCGUGCAGUUGCACGUAUACCAAGAAGGAGCAGUCGUGGAUGUCGGCUGGAACGAUACAGCCUCCGAAGUCCGAGUGUUCUGCAACGUUCGCAACAGCAACAAUAGUACUACCAUUCAAUCGCUGUACUGCAAGUUGUCACUACCUAAUGAUUUGGAAACUUUGUCGUUGGCGUAUGGCCGAGGUACUUCUAGAUAUGCUUAUUAUGGCAUUAAUGAUGGCGACUGUGGCGUCUCAUUUCCAAAACCUAUAAAGCCUACGGAAAUCGGUCGCUGGAAAUGUAUGAACGUAAUGACUAACCACCGAAUGUACGGUGGAUUUGUAAAUGUGGCAACAGACAGGACUUUUGAUAAUAAAGAGUUUUCUAUUGACACUGUAAUCACUAAAGAGCCGUUGACGGUACCCAGAGGUAAUGCAUUCAAUGUUGAAUGUUCUGUUCCGGCAGAACUAGAUUAUUGUUGGUUGCGUCAUCCGAACGGCACUGCCAUUUCAGUAACAGUUCCGCCUAACGACCACGAUCUUAGUCGAUACCGUUAUGUAGGCGAGGGCCUUUCAUUUGGCCAAUGUUAUGUCUCGGUUAGCGAAACGUCUGUAUUUGACACCGGAUCCUGGUUGUGUGCCUUAGGAUUACGAGGAGAUCGAAAAGAAAUAUAUAGUUGGGUCAACGUUACAGUUACUGAAUCAAUCAUCACAGCUUAUCAGCAAGAAUUGUACGUGGCAGAAGGGACCGAUGUAACCUUAGGUUGUUAUUCAGUUGAACGACAGCCGAUCGCGUAUUGUCGAUUUUUAACUCCACGACUCAUAGGAUUUGCAAUGGACGAGCGAUCGGCAAAAGGAUCUUCCAAACAACUCCGGUAUACCUAUUCUGGUCAAGGUUUAACCGCUGGCCACUGUGGUCUUACAAUCAACGAGGUCAUAGAAUCCGACUAUGGGAAUUGGACGUGUGCUGUUAAAAUAUUAGACUCGUUUGGUUCCGAAGAAGUUAGUAUCACUGUAGUGCUCAGAAAACCCGAGGGUUUUACCAUGAUCCAAAUUAUCGGAAUUGUUUUUUGUGGUACUUUGAUAUCUGUUUUAUCGUUGUUUUUUGCUAACCAUUUAAUAACCAGCCCAUCCGCUAAGACUAGGAAAAAAAUUGAAAAACUCGAACUACUUGAAGCAGUCGAAAAAGGACACCGGAGAGUUAGCAGUAAACGUACUAUAGCGGCUAGUCGUGCAGCACGAACUCUACCAAGAAGACCUUGUGGAACAAUUCCACGGCGGAUAUAAUCAUUAUAGUCAUUUUGUAUUAAAUUGUACAAAUUUUAAUUUAUUCUUGUAAAUAUAUGGCUCACAUUUUUAUU